CGCUUCCGGCUGCGGGGGGCGGCGGCCGCGACAUGGGCAAGAAGCACAAGAAGCACAAGGCGGAGAAGGCGGAAUGGCGCUCGGCCUCUGCUGCCUCCUACGGCGAUUAUGUGGAUAAGCCCUUGGAAAAACCUUUGAAGCUGGUGCUGAAAGUUGGAGGAAGUGAAGUGACUGAGCUUUCCGGGUCAGGGCACGAUUCUAGUUACUACGAUGACAGGUCAGAUCAUGAGCGGGAGCGGCAUAAAGAAAAGAAGAAGAAGAAGAAAAAAAAGUCUGAGAAGGAGAAAGAGAAGCACCUAGAUGAUGAGGAGAGAAGAAAGAGAAAGGAAGAGAAGAAGAGGAAAAGGGAGAAAGAACAGUGUGACACCGAAGGAGAGACUGAUGACUUUGAUCCCGGGAAAAAAGUGGAGGUUGAACCUCCUCCAGAUCGCCCUGUCAGAGCGUGCAGAACUCAGCCAGCUGAAAAUGAGAGCACGCCAAUCCAGCAGUUACUCGAACACUUCCUUCGACAGCUUCAAAGGAAAGAUCCUCAUGGGUUUUUUGCUUUUCCAGUCACGGAUGCCAUCGCUCCUGGGUAUUCUAUGAUAAUAAAGCACCCCAUGGAUUUUGGUACUAUGAAGGAAAAAAUUGCAGCAAACGAAUACAAAUCAGUCACAGAAUUCAAGGCAGAUUUUAAACUGAUGUGUGAUAAUGCAAUGACUUAUAACAGACCAGAUACUGUUUACUACAAGUUAGCCAAGAAGAUACUGCACACAGGCUUUAAGAUGAUGAGCAAAGAACGGCUGUUAGCUUUGAAGCGCAGCAUGUCGUUUAUGCAGGACAUGGAUUUUUCUCAGCAGGCAGCUCUUUUGGGUGAUGAAGACACAGCAGUUGAGGAACCUGUCCCUGAAGUUGUUCCCGUACAAGCAGAGACUACCAAGAAAUCCAAAAAGCAAAAUAAAGAAGUUAUUAGCAAAACUUUCUUGUGUAUCGGAUCUGAAUCUCUAUACAGAGAGAAAUUCUUAGCUAAGCAAAUGGAAGAAGAUACCCCAGGAGAGAGAAAUGGAUUUGGUGUGAGGAGAUGCUCUACCCAGUACCUAAGUUGCAUGUUUGAACCGGAGGGAAAUGCCUGCAGCCUGACAGAUAGCACUGCUGAAGAACAUGUCCUGGCUCUAGUGGAACAUGCAGCAGAUGAAGCUCGGGACAGGAUCAAUCGAUAUCUCCCCAACAGCAAGAUUGGUUAUCUGAAAAAAAAUGGAGAUGGGACUUUAUUGUUUAGUGUAGUAAAUUCAUCUGAUCCUGAAGCAGAAGAGGAAGAGACUCACCCAGUGGAUCUGAGCUCACUGUCAAGCAAACUAUUACCUGGUUUUACUACACUGGGCUUUAAAGAUGAACGGAGAAAUAAAGUAACCUUUCUCACGAGUGCUAACACGGCACCUUCCAUGCAGAACAACUCUAUAUUCCAUGACUUGAAAUCAGAUGAAAUGGAGCUUCUGUACUCAGCAUACGGUGAUGAAACUGGGAUACAGUGUGCCUUAAGCUUACAGGAAUUUGUGAAGGAUGCUGGAAGUUACAGCAAGAAGAUGGUAGAUGAUCUUCUGGACCAGAUCACUAGUGGAGAUCAUUCCAAAACCAUUUAUCAGCUAAAGCAGAGGAGAAACAUCCCAGUAAAACCACUGGAUGAAGUUAAAGUCCUGCCAGUUCUCAUCAAAGAAGAACACAAGCUGCGUAAUACCUGUCCAGAUUCUUCCAAACAGAUCAUGGUUGCAGAGUCUGCUGGAGACAGCAACACUUCUGAUUUGGACUUUCUCUCUAUGAAGCCCUAUUCAGAUGUAUCUCUUGAUAUUUCUAUGUUAAGUUCAUUGGGGAAAGUGAAGAAGGAGCUUGAUCAUGAUGAUAACCAUUUACAUCUGGAUGAGACAACAAAGCUGCUGCAGGACCUUCAUGAAGCUCAAGCUGACAGAGUAGGAUCCCGGCCAUCAUCCAACUUGAGUUCUCUCUCCAAUACCUCUGAAAGAGACCAGCAUCACCUUGGAAGCCCUUCUCACCUGAGUGUUGGAGAGCAGCAAGACAUGGUUCACGAUCCCUAUGAAUUUCUUCAGUCUCCGGAAACCUCGAAUGCCACUACUAACUAAUCUGACAUGUAUUAUGUAUAUAUUUUGUACUUUAAUUGUAUUAUGUUUUAUAAAGUUUUUGUCCAUGGCAGAAACCUCCAUUUUUAUCCUCUUUUCUAUGAGGAUUCCUGUAUAAUAUUCUCAUACAUGCUGGAUUUUAAAAAAGAAGAGAUGUGUACUUAGUACCUGAUGUUGUAAGCAGUGUACCAAAACUCACUUUGAUCUGUUUGUUGAGGGAGGUCAUUGUCUACUGCUGUGUGAGUCUGGACUGAAAAACAACAAAUAAUGUCUUUAAAAAGAUUUUCCUUUUAUACAAAAUAAGAAGUGAUAAUUUUCCCAGUGUCAUGGCUGCAGCCAUGGCAUGUUUCUAGUAGAAUUGUCUGCCAGUUCUGUUCAGGUCUUAACUUGAACAUCUUCAAGGAGGAAUAUUGUAUUUCAGCAGUGACAGAACUGCAUCAAUUGUGAUCAUGAUUGUUUCCCAUCUCCUGACCUUGACAGAAGUUGCUUCUAUUUUCCCCUAUUUUAAAAUCUUUUGAAUUUGAGAGAAGCAAUACUUGGUAGUUGCAUUAAAAUGCUCAGUGUGAGAAUCCCACCGUGGAUCAAAGAAAGAUGAAUGUGUUUGUGAUCCCUUGAAUCUUGAAACAAAAAAAUACAAGUGGUAUAUUUUUUAAUGUGAUGUGUACAUUUACUUGGAUGGAAAAAGAAAAGUGUGCUUUUCAGCAAUUAAAAAAAAAAAAACCCCUUUUAUAAUAGAGUACUGAGGUACCUGUGGGAUUUUGUACCAUUGAUAUGUGCUAGCUGGACAACUUAUCAAAUUUACAAUAAUUUGUAAAUAUUAAUAAAAGCACAAACCCAUUUCUGGUGUUGGCAAAUAUCUUGCCAGAAGGGGAUUUGCUUCUUUAUCUCUGGCUGAAACAGUA